AUGGCAUCAAGACCCACAGUUCCACAACAAGCCAGAGGUGAAGUAGUGAUAGGUGGAGGCAAACAGCAGAAGAAGAACGGUGCAGCGGAGGGAAGAAACCGCAAGGCACUUGGUGACAUCGGAAAUUUAGCCACUGUUAAAGGAAUUGAGGUCAAGCCUAAUCGCCCCAUAACAAGGAGUUUCUGUGCUCAACUACUUGCAAAUGCACAAGCAGCUGCAGCCGCUGAAAAUAACAAGAAACAGGCCUGUGCUAAUGUAGCUGGGCCUCCUGCUGUUGCUGAUGGAGUGGCUAAAAAGGCACCACCUCCAAAACCGGGCCAGAAGAAAGUUAAUGUGAAACCAAAGCCAAAGCCUGAUGAAAUCAUCAACAUUGAACCAAGUCCAGAAAAAGAGGUUCUUAAAGAUAAGUCUGAGAACCAGAAGAAAAAGGAAGGAGAUGCAAAUAUCAAGAAGAAAUCACACACUCUUACUUCUGUGCUUACAGCUAGAAGCAAGGCAGCAUGUGGUAUAACUAACAAGCCUAAGGAGCAGAUUGUUGACAUUGAUUCUGGUGAUGUCGACAAUGAACUUGCUGCUGUUGAAUAUAUAGAAGAUAUGUACAAAUUCUAUAAAUUGGUUGAGAAUGAGAGCCGCCCCCAUGACUACAUUGACUCACAACCUGAGAUAAAUGAGAGGAUGAGGGCUAUUUUAAUUGAUUGGCUGAUGGAUGUUCACUCCAAGUUUGAGCUUUCACUUGAAACCCUUUACCUUACCAUCAAUAUAAUUGAUCGGUUCCUAGCAGUUAAGACUGUGCCAAGGAGAGAACUUCAAUUGGUUGGCAUUAGUGCCAUGCUUAUGGCAUCCAAAUAUGAGGAAAUUUGGCCCCCAGAGGUUAAUGACUUUGUUUGCCUCUCAGAUAGAGCUUAUACUCAUGAGCAAAUAUUGGUCAUGGAGAAAAUCAUACUAGGCAACCUGGAAUGGAUUUUGACUGUGCCUACACCCUUUGUGUUCCUAGUUCGUUUUAUCAAGGCAUCAGUCCCAGAUCAGGAGUUGGAAAACAUGGCCCAUUUUCUUUCUGAAUUGGGAAUGAUGCAUUAUGCUACCUUAAUGUAUUGCCCAUCAAUGGUUGCUGCCUCAGCAGUCUUGGCAGCUAGAUGCACUCUUAGCAAGAGUCCAUUUUGGAGUGAGACCCUUAAGCGGCACACCGGUUACUCACAAGAACAACUCAUUGAUUGUGCUAAACUAUUGGUGAGCUUCCACUCCACAGCUGGGAAUUCCAAGCUUAAGGUUGUGUACAGAAAAUACUCUGAUCCUCAAAGAAGUGCUGUUGCUGUGCUCCCACCAGCUAAAAAUCUUCUGCCUGAAGGUUCUCUCUUCCAACAGAGUUAG